AAUAAAGAAAUGUCCCAAAGAAAAGCAGCUCUACAAUUUAAUGUCCCAAGGCAAACUCUACGUGAUAGAAUCACUGGCAAAAUAAGUCCAGAUUGUGUCACCACUGGAAGGGCACAUGUCUUUUCACUUGAAGAGGAGGCACGGAUUGUGGAACAUGUAAAGUCCAUGGCUUCAUAUGGAUAUGGGUACACUAGACAAGAAGUUACAGAUCUGGCUAGAAAUGAAGAACUUACCUUGAGAUGGUUUGAGGGUUUCAUAAAAAGAUGGCCAGAACUAAGAGUGGUUAAACCUAGAAGUUUGGAGAUUCAACGUGCAAAAUGUGGUUCUGUUGCUAAUGUUGAAAAGUACUUUGCAAGCUUAGAGCAAGUUGUUCACAAAUAUAAUCUUCAGGAUAAACCACAUCUCAUAUUUAAUAUUGAUGAGAAGGGUAUAACACUGAAUCAUAAACCACCUAAUGUUGUAUCUGGAAUUGAAUGUAACACAUCAUCAGUAACAUCUGGAAGGUCUAGUACUACGACCAUACUUGGCUGUGGAAGUGCCUCAGGAUUUGCUGCACCACCAUAUUUUGUAUUUGAAGGGAAAAGAAUGAUGAAUGAAUUGAUGAAUGGAGCAACACCAGGUGCUGUUGGUGCAGUAUCAGACUCAGGAUGGUCCAAUACCAACAUAUUCAGACAAUAUUUGACUGACCAUUUUCUUAAAUAUGUCCUUGGCAGAAACAAUGACAACAUACUUCUACUCCUUGAUGGGCAUAAAUCACAUGUUGCAGUUGAUAUAAUUGAAUGGGAACAGCAACACCACAUCAUCAUUCACAUCUUACCAGCUCAUACUUCACAUAUAUUACAACCUUUGGAUGUUGGAUGUUAUGGGCCGUUGCAACGUAUUUAUGAUAAUGAAUGUCACAAAACUAUGCGUCAGAACUCCUCAGUCAUAACCAGAUACAACAUAUGUGAACUAGCCUGCAAAGCAUACCAGAAAGCACUAUCCCCAGAAAACCUUCAUUCAGCAUUUAGGAAAACUGGAAUAUACCCCCUGGAUAAGAGUGUCAUCAACACAGAUCAACUGAAACCAUCAGAGGUAUUUACAGCAAAUGAUGAAUGCAAAGAAACUACAGAUGAACCAAAAACAGAUAACAUACAAGUAGUUGAAGUUGAUACGAAUGGAGAAGUAACGGAAGCUGUUGAAAGUGCUGUGACUGAUAUUUUAGUUGUUGAAGAUUUGCAAGAUCAUGAUGUUACUGUUCCACACUUCUUUGCUGAAAGAAUAAACAAACUAAAGAAAAUUAAGUCUGAAAAUGACAAGAAAGAAAGAAAAAACCUUGGAAAGAUUGUAUCCGGUAUGCCAAUAACUGAAACUGAGGUUGCAGAAAAGGUAAAACAGCAUGUUGAAAACCAAGGAAAAAAUAAAUCAACCAACCAGAGUAGUAAGAAAACUGGGAAACUAAAUAAAAAGAAACCGUCCACUUCUGCUUCAUCACCUACACCAAGACCUAGCCACACUAAACCUGGACCUAGCCGCACAUCUACUAAACCAGGACCUAGCAACACUUCUCCUAAACCAGGACAUAGCAACACUUCUUCUAAACCAGGACCUAGCCACAUAUAUAUAGAUGAUUCCAUGGACUUUAGCGAUACAGACGGAACAUAA